UUGAUACACACACAAUACUUGUUGGUAUAACAAACAUUGUUGGUUUGGGUUUUUUCAUAGGACUUGUUGACAAUAAUAUGCAGCAUUACUUAUCCUCUAACUUGGACUUGUGAACCUUUCCUUUGCACUGGAAGACAAGCUGUCAUAUUAAGAAUCACAUUUAAGUCAAGAGAACCAUAUAAGAAGGCUGUCAAAUGUAAAUCUUUUCACAUUCGUACACAUUCUAAAUUGGCUUGUACUUAUUUUUUUGUUGUGCUUGUGAUAUCAGUAGCUGUUCCCAACAGUGCAGCUCCUGUGACACGUCUAUGUGAGAAACAAUUGGGAGAAUGGAAUCCUAGAACCCUGGGUGUCAAUGUUCUGACAUCACAAUAGAAUGAAGAAUUUUCUCAGAACUAACUCUGCACUCAGUAAGCCCAGAUCAACACAGAUCAACACUGAAGACACAUUGUAGCACCUGCAGUUUAUCCUUGAAGACAAAAAACAGAUCAGAUAUAUUUCUACUUUUGCCACAGGCAACUGCCAAUUAAUAACUGCUCUGUAAUUUGCAAUUUUACAGACCAGUUCCUUGGAAUUAAGUCAAAAUGGACCAAAGAGGAGAUGGAUCCCACAACCGUGGUAAUCGCCUACAGUUUCUCCCCCAAUUUAUCCCAAGCGGAGAUUUUUCACCAGCCAAUCACGUUCGGGGUGGAAUCUUAGCUUGGCUGGAAUUUCUGGAGGAUCUUGGAAUCCUGGAUGGAGGCUUUGGUGCGGGGCUGAACGUGUUGCAGCACCAACAUGCGGCUGACAACCAUGACAACAUCGGCAACAACAAUGUUGAGGACAAUGUUGGCAACGGUGACAACAAUGUUGCAGUUGAAGACGCUGGCAUGGAAGACAACCAGGACAUGCCAGAGGAAGACCCCCUGCCUGGAGGAUCCAGGAGGAGGUCAAGAGAGGAGGACGAAGACAUCGAAGAGAGAAGCAGCAAACGAUUCCGUUGGUGGGACGAGUUUGCUGACAGCGACUCCGAUGGCGAUGAUGAUGUGGACUGCACUGGAAUGAAUCUAGUCCAAGAUCCUGGUGCUGACAUGGAAGUCAACCAGCAUGUCAGCGAGGAAGACUCACUGCCUAAUGGAUCAAAGAAGAGGUCCAGAGAGGAUGAUGAGGAAGAGGAUGAGCGAGGCAGCCGAAAAUCCAGACGGUUGGAUGAGUUUGCUGACAGCAGCUAUGAUUGCUGGUCUCGCCAUGAUUACUCUGACAGUAGUGGCAGUGGUGAUCUUUCUGAGGAUGCAGAGGAAGAGGAAGACCCACUGCCUGGAGGAUCAAGGAAGAGGUCCAGAAAAGAGGAUGCAGAUGAAGAUGGGAGGGCUGGCAAACUAUUGAGGCGUUAAAAAUAGUUUGCCAUCACUGACUAUUAUCACUGACUCAAACAGUGACUGUAGCUCCACUACCACACAGAGACACAGGACAGGUUUUUACUUUAAAAGGUUGACCCCUGUCAACUUUACGGUCAGCCAGUUUCUCCUCUAUGUUGUCAUCCAGGUGCAUGUGCAGUAAAUUAGGCUGUGGAUAGUAAAUCAAUGAAAAAAUCUUCAAAGUGAAUGUGCUGACAUGUCGCGGGUUGCCAGCUCUCACGCUUUUGGCUCAGACAUUCCUACCGUAGUUUCUGUUGUAUCAUCCAGGAGUCUUCUUCUAGGAGUUCAGAGGAUCAUAUAUGACACUAACUGACAUGUGCAGCAUCAAAUAAUAAUGUCAGACAAAGGACCACAAAUGAGUGAAGGAAUCAGGAGAGAGGAGACAGAAGUGAGGAA